AUGAACGGCGGAGAAAUAAAUAGUCGCUAUUUUAUCUUACAUCUUGGAGUUCUUCACGGAUCUGAUCGUUAUGAAGUUCAUUUGCAUAUGGAACGUGAACCUCUGGUUCGAGAUCUACAAGAAGAAUUGGAAAAAAAAGCGCGUGUGAUGGUUGCAAAUCAGAAGUUGAUGUUUCGAGGACAACGACUUCAUCAAUGCCCAGAUACAUCAUUAUCUUCCCUUGGAAUUUUUAAUGGUAAUCAAAUUAUACUUAUUGGCGAAAAGUUAAAAGGUGCUGAAGACACGCAUUACGGUCGACUUUUAAGCAUUGAAAAAGAUGUUCAACUUAUUGAUGAUGUCUUAGAACUUAUAUGCAGAGAUUUCGAAAAAAUUAAAGGGAAUGCCACGAAUCCUCGACAGUGCAGUAAUUUACUUGUUGAUUUACACGCAAGAGCACAACGCUGCAAUCAAGAUUUGAAUAAAUUCGAUCAAGUUGCGAACAAUGUAACUGUUGAUUCUUCGGAAUACGAAGCAUUAAGAAAAAAAAAUGAAGUUCUUAAUCGAAUUAAAGAUCGAUUAGAUAUUACAAAUAAUGUAUCGUCGGCUAUUUCUACGUAUGGUAGUCAAACUCAAAGUUGA